AAGAGGACAGGAAAGAUUUUUUUGAUUAUUUUGCUAUGUUAACAAAUUUAUAAAUCUGCCAGUGAUCUCAUAUUGAAGUUUACCUUGAGUACACGAGAUGGCUUCGGUCACAGAAGUCAAGCAGAAAUGUUGCCAGUAUAGAAGAUAAUACUGUGUUUCCAUUGCGACAAAUGUCUUCAUAUUGGAAUUAAUACAAAGAAGUAAAGGCCCAAAAAUUAGAUCUGGAAAUGUAGCAUCAUAACUGUGUCAGAAUUUCACAAAAUGUAUGCCCAGAUUUUUGGGAAGUUAUUCCGACGUACAGUUAUGCUGUUGACGUUACUGCUAUUGUUUUUACUCGUACCCGGAAGCCAACUGACUGACAAUGUUAAAUGUAAUGAAACAUCACCUUUGGAAAACAUCAAAAUUGAAUAUGGUAGCAAGGUUGUUGAUCAUGAAUAUAUUGUAACGUUUAAUGGAUAUUAUAAAGCACAAACAAGGAAACGUUAUUUAACAGCUGCCCUCCAUAACUCAAAUGUGGUUUCAUGGAAAAUCAUGCCGAGAAACAACCCAGCUAAUGAUUAUCCCAGCGAUUUCGAAGUGGUCAAGUUGAGUGAUGGAGGACAGGCAGGAGUAGAAGGACUUCAGGAUCAUCCACUAGUUCGUCGAGUUACACCACACAAACAAGUGACAAGGACACUCAAGUUUAUACCAGAUAUGGGUUACAAUAAGGACGAAGUGGUCAGUAAUUCUGAAAAGGAAAUCCAUACAGACAGAAAUACCAAGGAGAUGAAAGAAUGCAACUGCACGGACAGUGAUGAACCCUGCCAAGCCUCAUGUGGUCCAAAAAGAAACAGAAACCGUCAAAGUCUUUCUCUGAGCGCAACUUACUGGCACUCCCCAGUCCGAUACAGAAAUAGACGUCUCCUCAGAGCUGUUCCAAAGCAGAUUGUGAGUGCUCUUCAGGCCGAGAUUCUGUGGAACAUGGGUUACACAGGUAUAGGAGUAAAAGUGGCAGUGUUUGACACAGGACUUGCUGAGGAUCACCCACAUUUUAAGAAAGGCAGGAUUAAAGAUAGAUCUAACUGGACCAAUGAGAAAACACUGGAUGAUGGACUUGGACAUGGUACGUUUGUGGCUGGUGUGAUUGCCAGCUCCAGAGAAUGCCUUGGAUUUGCUCCUGAUUCUGAGAUCUAUGUCUUCAGAGUGUUUACAAACAAUCAGGUAUCUUAUACUUCCUGGUUCCUGGAUGCCUUUAACUACGCCAUUCUGAAGAAAAUCAAUGUGCUCAACCUCAGUAUCGGGGGUCCUGAUUUUAUGGAUCAUCCAUUUGUGGACAAGGUGUGGGAAUUAACAGCAAACAAGGUGAUCAUGGUGUCAGCCAUUGGUAAUGAUGGACCACUAUAUGGGACUUUAAACAACCCAGCAGACCAGAUGGAUGUGAUUGGUGUCGGAGGUAUCAACUUUGAAAACCAGAUUGCCAGAUUUUCUUCACGAGGAAUGACCACAUGGGAACUCCCUCAGGGAUAUGGACGGGUCAAGCCAGACAUUGUCACUUAUGGAUCUGCUGUGCGUGGUUCAGCUCUUAAGAGUGGCUGUCGAUCACUCUCAGGAACAAGCGUUGCGUCACCUGUAGUAGUAGGAGCCAUCACAUUGCUGUACAGCGCUGUGUUGGAUAGAGCCCAUGUCAUCAACCCAGCCAGUAUGAAGCAAGCCUUGAUGGCCUCAGCAAGACGCCUCCCAGAUGUAAACAUGUUUGAGCAGGGUCACGGUAAACUGGACCUUAUUAAGGCUUAUCAGACACUGCGUACCUACAAGCCACAGGCUAGUCUGAGUCCCAGCUAUAUUGACUUGACUGAGUGCCCCUACAUGUGGCCAUACUGCUCACAGCCUCUCUUCUAUGGACAGAUGCCCGUUAUCAUCAAUGUCACUAUUCUGAAUGGAAUGGGUGUCUCAGGAAAGAUUGUUGAUAAGCCAACGUGGCACCCAUACCUUCCUCACCAUGGUAAUUACCUAGAAGUGGCGCUGUCUUAUUCAGCCUCUCUGUGGCCCUGGUCUGGUUACUUAGCUGUGUCACUCUCUGUUGCCAAGGGAGGUAAUACCUGGGAGGGCAUCGCUCAGGGUCACAUCUCCCUCAUCAUAGAGUCUCCACCUGAGGGUGAAGAAACAGAACCAAGAAGGACAACACUAAAAUUGUCUGUCAAAGUGAAGAUUAUCCCCACUCCACCUAAAAGUAAACGUGUACUUUGGGACCAAUAUCACAACCUUCGAUACCCACCGGGGUACUUCCCCAGGGAUAACCUGAGGAUGAAGAAUGACCCCCUUGAUUGGAACGGAGAUCAUAUCCACACAAAUUUUAAAGAUAUGUACCAACACCUCCGGAGCAGUGGAUACUUUUUGGAAGUGUUAGGUUCUCCAUUCACAUGCUUUGAUGCCAGUCAGUACGGGACGCUGCUGAUUGUGGAUGCAGAAGAGGAAUAUUUCCCAGAGGAAGUGACGAAGCUCAAACGUGAUGUCGACAACGGCUUGUCUGUUAUCAUCUUUGGAGACUGGUACAAUGUGUCUGUCAUGAGGAAAGUGAAGUUCUACGACGAAAAUACAAGGCAGUGGUGGAUGCCUGACACAGGAGGAGCCAAUCUACCAGCUACAAAUGAUCUGUUGGCACCGUUUGGAAUGGCAUUCAGUGACCAGGUAUACGAGGGAGACUUCAUGAUGGGAGAGCAUGACAUGUACUAUGCCUCCGGAACAAGUCUGGCCAAGUUUCCUGAUGAUGGUGUGAUUUUGAGUCAUAAUUUGAAAGAUCAAGGCCAUGAAGUGCUGAAAGGUGAAUCCAAGACGGUGGAGGGUGUGGCCAUUCUUGGGUUGUACCAGACCACAUCAGCUCCAGAAAGUGGGCGUGUCGCUUUAUUUGGGGACUCCAAUUGUCUUGACAACAGUCAUAUGCAAAAAGAUUGCUUUUGGCUACUUAGUGCCCUCCUGGAGUACACCGCAUACAAUAGCCUGGUACCCUUGUUUUCCGGCACAGACCAAUCCAUCCUUCCUCCUGCGGAGCUGCCACUCAGGAUGGAAGGGAAUCACCUGCAUCGUUAUUCAAAAGUGUUAGAAGGUCACCUUGGGUCGCCAAGGUCACGGCCUCUGCCUCAAUGCCCAAGAUUGAUCUGGACAGCUGCACAACCCUUGAAUGUAUCUGCUCCCUCCAAUCUGUAUCAGCAACAAAAAUUACUGUCAACGGGGCUGGAUAUCCCAGUUCCUCCUGGGAUUGAUCGGCGGGACAGCGACCUUAUGCCAAAUAUGGGAAUUGUGAAAGAAUCCGGUGGAUUUCAGGCAGACCCGCUGAUGAAACCAGCCAAUCAGCUCCAGGAUGUAGACUCAAACAGUGUAUUUCCUGUAGUGGCCUUUGUUGCCACAGGACUUGUACUUCUCUUCCUCCUGAACCAAUACUACAAAAGUCGCUCAAAGCCCAAAAAGAGGCGACCAAGAUUAAAAAAGUUUCACCAAAUAUUUACAGGGAAGGUGCCGAGUGUAUGAUAUUUACUAUGUUUUAGGGAAGUGUGAAUCUGUGAAAGAAUGGCAUAUAUUGUGUUUUGGAGAAAUGUGAACCUGUGUGAGACUGGGAUUUACCGAGUGUUGAGGAUGACUAUGUGUAUACUUGUGUAUAAUAACAGCUGUAUGUUUGGUUUAGCUUGCAACAAAUUUUGUGAUAAAACAAAGGUAUGCGAGUAGUGCCAUAUUGUGGAUGUGCUGCCCAUUAUCUGUGAAAAAAUUACUAUAAUGUUUAAAUGUGAAAGGCAUUUUCUGAGAGUUUUUUUUACAUUCAAAUAGAGGGAAAAAUCUUUUCUGUGAAACAGAUGAAUACAACAGAAAUUGAAUUAUCAUUUUUAAUUGAUAAACAUAUUCUAGACAUUCUUUUUUUGAAUUUUGAGCAAGAUAAAUUAUACAGAUUUAUUUCUCUUUACUAUUUACAUCAUGGAUUUCAAUUUUGAUUUAUGUGUUACCCAUUUUAUACUCAAUGUAGCAUAAAUGUUUUUGCAUACAAAAAAUGAAUUCAUGUGCAAAAACUCCGUUAUUUGCUAGGCAGUUCUUCAUCAGAAUAUACCUAACAGAUUGGAAAUUUGUUGAGGGUACGAUAAGAAAUUAUGAGAUUUGUUUCCUUAACGUGAAUUUGCUUUUGAUACUUACUUCGAAUUUAAAUGAAAAUAAACAUCAUGCAUGUUAAAUAUGUAAGUAAAUCAUAUGACAUUUUUGUAUAGAUUGUAUCUCCUAAUUUUGUGCGGGUAUCCCAAUUGAUUGCUUUUUUUUAUAUGCCCUGAUAUGAAUAUGAAGGUGAAAAUGUUCAGGAUGAUAGAAUAGAAGUUCUUAUAACACAACCAGUAAAAGAUUGGAGUGUGAUGUUUUAAUCACUACACAGUCAUCUUUAUCAGACAAACGAUCAGUAUGGAGUGCACUAGCUCUGACGAACAUAGUAUACGAUUCCUUACCAUUUCGUCCACUGCGUACGUCGGUGCUAGUAUGCUCCACACUGGUCAUUUGUUUGAUGAAGGUGAUCGUGUCAUUAUUGAAAUGUUACACUCAAAUCUUCUACUGGUUGUGUUUUAAGAACCUGUAUUGUAUUGACAUUACCAACCUGCAGCAAAUGUUCCGGAUGAUGUGGUUAGUGAAACUCUUUUCUACUGAAUGAGAUUGACAGAAUUUACUUGGGUGUGGAUGUGUGAGAGAAUUUUGUAAAUAUUGGGAAUAUUUAUCUUCCACGCCUGCCAACAGCAUCAUGAAUUUCUUCCGUCACUGUUAAAAUAUUAAUAAUAAACCUGUUUUUCCCACCUGGUAUUGACAAACAAAGUCUUUCACUACAACAUAGACACAAGUUCAGGUAUAUUUGAUAUUGAUUUUGUGUGAUAGAAUUUCUCAUUUUGCUAUUACUCUGAACCUUAUGAAUGUAGCGACUUUCAUUCCCGACAUCUUUGUUCUCAAUAAAUAAUCCAGCUACUUUUGUUCUUGGUAGACAAUCCAACAAACUAUAUUUCGGGAAAACUAUUUUUAAGAUUUCUAGGAAAUGCCAUUUUCCUGUUCCAAUGGAAACAGCUUUGGACUGCCAGAUUCAGUGUGUUGGUGCAGAUCACCCUUGAUUAAGGAUAGGGAUUCAAAUCCAUGCCAGAUACACAUUUCAAAAAUGAAAGAAGUGGGAAUUAUUCCUGUUAUUUUCUUGUCAAUCACCGCCAGUGCUUUUGCUGCCAUACCCAUAACUGAAUUAUUAUUUGUCUUGUCGUUCACCAGUGUAUACCAGUAACUCUGUUUCUUAAUGUCUCUUAUUUCUGCUUCAUAUAUACACAGUUGUGAAUGGGAUUUUCGGCUUAAUGUCUAACUCUAUUUCAUAUUGUAAUAUCCUACAUAAUGUCAUUUUUGUUUCUGUUUAUUUUCUAUGUAACACUUUUUUGUAGCAUAUUUAGCUCUUGCAAAUAAUAUUAAAUCAAAUACAUUGAAAGAAAGUGAAGCAAAUGUUUUUUUUUUGAAAUUAUCAGAAAAUGGAUGAAGAGCUAUUUCAGUAAAACAUCAAUGCAUCACCAAGACUCUAGGUUUUGUUGAGGGUAAGGGCUAUAUCAGUAAAAUAUAUAUUCAAACCAAGGACUUCAGGUUUUGUUAGAAACUAUUUUAGUUAAAAUUCUAUUCCACUCCAAAAAGAGUGGUAUUGUACUUGUAUAAUUUAUUGUAUUAGUAUUGAACAAGAUUGUUAUUUAUUUGUGGGGUUUUAAAAUAAUUAGGAAAUUCAUUUGAAGUAUUUUUGAGUUG